AUGGUUCAGUCUUUCUCCGUUGUUUUUCUCUACUGGUUCUACGUGUUCAUGAAAUCCGCCUCUGAGAACUGA